CAAAUCGCGGUCGACGUGCGAUUAAAGGUGAGCGGCCAUCUUCUGUGUCAUUAACAGGUCGAGUCACGCUCUCCGCAGGUGCGCGCGUGUGUCGCGCCGGCUCGUGCGUGACUCAGCCAAUCAGAGCGGGACACUCCGUUCGCGAUUCACAACUUUCAAAACAUUUACGCGUGGGUUUGUGGGCUGAGUCCAGUUACAUCAGCCGCACUUUUGUGAGCGGUGCUUGGGCUCAGCGGAGGAGAACAGCAACAUUCACCCUCUGACACACAGCGGAGAGGCGCCUCUACGCUCCGGACUCAGUGGCGCGCGACGGGACGCGAGCUUCACUCAUGGAAAUACUUUCACCCCAAACCGUGAAGAAACGCGGGACUUCAUGCUGCAACAUAAAGCUGUUCGUCCUGUGCCACGGCCUCCUGCAGCUCUCUCAGCUGCUCUACAGCGCCUACUUCAAGAGCACCAUCACCACAAUCGAGAGACGCUAUGGGCUCAGCAGCUACUCUUCAGGAACCAUUUCCUCUCUCAACGAGGUCAGUAACAGUGUGCUGAUUGUGCUCGUGAGCUACUUUGGAAAUCGAGUUCAUCGUCCUCGUGUCAUUGGAGUCGGCGGACUUCUGAUGGCAGUCAGCGCCAUGCUCCUGACCUUACCUCACUUUUUGUCCCAGCGCUACGAAUACGACUCGGUUCUAUUCAGUCGCCACGACAUUUGCAACCUGCAUCGGAACUCCAGCAGCUCUGAGUCCUGUGGCCGAGAGGAGAACCGGCGUCUGGCCGACACCAGCAACCUGUGGCUGCUCAUGGGCAGCGCUCAGCUGCUCUUCGGCCUGGGCUCAGUGCCCAUCCAGCCCUUUGGGAUUUCCUACAUAGAUGAUUUUGCAAAGCCCGGCAACUCCCCUCUUUACAUAGCCAUCCUGUUUGCUGUGUCUGUGUUCGGGCCUUCCUUUGCCUACCUGCUGGGUUCAGUCAUGUUACGCAUCUAUGUGGAUGUGGACAAACCCAGCUUAGGAGCUGAACAGGAGCUGAGACCCAGUGACCCCCGCUGGGUCGGCGCCUGGUGGAUGGGUCUGCUCAUCAUCUCUGGCUGCCUGUUCCUCACCUCCAUCCCCUACUUCUUCUUCCCCCGUAAAAUGCCUCCAGAGGAAGAUGUGACUGAAAGUGAGAGUGACAUAAAUGAUGACUUUAAGAAGCCUGACAUCUCCCUACUUGAGUUUCUGAAGAUGUUUCCCAGGAUGUUCGUCCACCUCCUGUUGAGCCCUCUCUUCCUGAUUCUGGUCCUGGCCCAGUGCUGCUUCUCCUCUGUGAUCGCGGGUCUUUCUACCUUUCUGAACAAGUUCUUGGAGCGGCAGUACAGUGCCUCGGCCGCAUACAGCAGUCUGCUAGUAGGUGCAUUGAAUCUGCCGGCGGUAGCAGUGGGGAUGCUGAUUGGCGGAGUCAUCAUGAAGAGAGCAGGUCUUUCUCUGAAGACCAUCCCUCGUUUCUCUGUGGUCAUGCUGACCACCUCCACCCUUCUCUGCAUCCCACUUUUCUUCAUGGGCUGUCCCACCCAGAAGGUCUCAGAGGUCAAUUUUAACCAGGGGUCUCAAUCCACGUGUUAUGCCAACUGCUCCUGUCCUGCCAGCGCCUUCAACCCCGUGUGUGGUUCUGAUGGCAUUGAGUACUAUUCCCCUUGUCAUGCAGGCUGUACGAACUUUACUCUAGACCCCAAUAACACCCACAGGGUUCAGCUCUAUACCAACUGCAGUUGUAUAUCUGGGAGCCAGGCUCAUGCCCAUCCCGCUCCGUGUCCAAACAGCUGCCCUCAUCUGCUCCUUCCUGUGAUACUCGUCAUCGCUCUAGCGUCACUGAUCGCCUGCCUUACUCACAACCCCAUGUACAUGAUGGUGCUCAGAUCUGUUCCUUCUGAAGAAAAGUCAUUUGCUAUAGGAAUCCAAUUUUUACUCAUGAGAUUAUUAGCCUGGCUACCUGCCCCUGCUCUCUUCGGGAUGGCGAUCGACACGUCAUGUAUCUGGUGGAAGCGCGUCUGUGGGAAGAAGUUUAGCUGUAGCUACUAUGACAAUAACGUUUUACGGAACCGGUACCUGGGUCUACAGGUGGGUUAUAAGGUCAUGGGCAUCUUUCUGCUGAUGGUGCUGGGCUGGAAAGUGCAGCGGACCCGAGAAUACAGUCUGGAGAAGAAGCCAGAGGGACUGCUGUGACCCGGAGACUUUCCACUGCUAAUGUGUGAAACAAUUUGAUGAACAAUGUGUGAGAAGCAAACCUGCAUCAGUUGGAGAGAGACAGAGUUCAGAGCUCAGUUCUCUGCCUGGAGUUACAACGGUUACAAGUUAAGAAAGGACGAUGAAACAGCUCUCUCGUGGUACCUCAUAACACCAUGCUUUAUAGAUGCACCUGAGACAGGGACCAGAAUCUGACUGAUGAUUAAGCAAUAAAGGAAGAUCUAUGUAUAUAGCAUGUUCUAAUCUUGUUCUAAUAAUGUAGUGAUUUUUUAAUGUUUCUAUUUACAGUAGAAACAUAAUUUGUAACACAUUAACUGUAUAGCUUAAUAUUUAAGUUUAUUUUUUAAACUGUCUCAUACAUAGAGACUGCAAUCCAGUACUCAUUUCAUAUACUUUAUAACACUUGAUUUAAUUGCUGUGCUUUGCAAAACAAUGUGUAGAUAUAAAUACACCUACUCAGAAAAUGAGGUAGCAUAUAGAUGUACAUUAUGCCUCUUAUUUGUGGUUACAUGAUUGUUGUAGUGAAGUGCAUAAUGUGUACGGUCAGCUGGCUAAUAAAUACAUUCAAGUCUU